AUAUGGAUGUUAACAGGGGAUAAACUGGAGACCGCAACUUGCAUUGCAAAAAGUUCUCACUUAGUGUCUAGGACUCAAGAUAUUCACAUUUUCAGACCUGUUACCACUCGAGGAGAGGCUCACUUAGAACUAAAUGCCUUUAGGAGGAAGCAUGACUGUGCCUUGGUGAUAUCCGGGGACUCGCUUGAGGUCUGUCUGAAGUAUUAUGAGCAUGAAUUUGUAGAGUUGGCUUGUCAGUGUCCUGCUGUAGUGUGCUGCCGAUGUUCUCCCACCCAAAAAGCUCAUAUUGUGAAACUCCUACAGCACCACACUGGGAAACGGACGUGUGCAAUAGGUGAUGGAGGAAACGAUGUCAGCAUGAUCCAAGCAGCAGACUGUGGAAUUGGAAUUGAAGGCAAGGAGGGAAAGCAGGCUUCCCUAGCAGCUGACUUCUCUAUCACGCAGUUUAAACACAUAGGCAGGCUGCUGAUGGUGCACGGUCGAAACAGUUACAAAAGAUCAGCAGCGCUUGGUCAAUUUGUCAUGCACCGAGGCCUUAUUAUUUCAACUAUGCAGGCUGUGUUUUCAUCAGUCUUCUAUUUUGCAUCUGUUCCCUUGUACCAAGGAUUCCUAAUGGUAGGGUAUGCAACUAUAUAUACCAUGUUCCCCGUCUUCUCUCUAGUGUUGGAUCAGGAUGUGAAGCCAGAAAUGGCAUUGCUAUAUCCAGAACUUUAUAAGGAUCUCACAAAGGGAAGAUCUUUGUCAUUUAAGACCUUCCUCAUCUGGGUUUUGAUCAGUAUUUACCAAGGUGGUAUCCUGAUGUACGGAGCCCUGCUGCUGUUUGAGUCUGAAUUUGUACAUGUCGUUGCCAUUUCCUUCACUGCCCUAAUCCUGACCGAGCUCUUGAUGGUUGCCCUGACCAUACGAACAUGGCACUGGUUAAUGGUGGUGGCUGAAUUCCUCAGUCUUGGCUGCUAUGUGGCCUCUCUUGCAUUUCUAAAUGAAUACUUUGGUAUAGGCAGAGUGUCUUUUGGAGCUUUCUUAGAUGUUGCCUUUAUCACAACUGUGACCUUCCUGUGGAAAGUGUCAGCAAUCACUGUUGUAAGCUGUCUUCCACUUUACAUUCUCAAGUACUUGAAGCGCAAAUUUUCUCCUCCAAGUUACUCCAAGCUUACCUCAUAGAAGCAGUUAUAUCCGUAUGGUUUUUCACUCACACUGGUUGGCAAAUUGCACAUUCCCUGUGCUUUAGUGUCUAUGGAUUUAUGCUGGACAAAAGAAAUCUAAAAAAAAAAUAAUAAAAAAGCGAUAGAGUGAAUAGAGCACAAAAAGAGGAGGAAACUUCUGGCAGGUACAAUAACACAGAACUACACUAACAAGACUAUCAGAGAUAAACUAAAUUUUCUUCAUGUUGUUUGUUUUGUUUUUUUUUUUUUUUUACUUUCCGUUGGUAUGAUUAUAAAAUAAAACUGAAUUAGCUGUGACAAUGCUUCUGGAUGGUUUCAUUGCUACUGUAAAGGAUUUUUUCCUGCUGCACUAAUCUUCUACAAGUUGAAUUGAAAGUUUCGUUAUUUACAUAACUUCCCUUCUUUAAUU